AUGUCUACACGAAAUUUUUCAGCAAUGUUAUUCUUUGAUCAGUCAGAAGAAUGGAGUCUCUUGAACUUUAUAAAGUACCUUGAUUCGAUAGAAAGUUUGCGCGACAGCUCUGAGCCACACCGCAAAUAUGGAAUAAUUCUAAAUGGAAUUAAGAAUGAUGAAAAUGAGUCGCAGAAAAAAAGGGAAAGAGCUGAACAAGCACUGUCAACAUACGAGGGAACAAGCGAUAUUUUAGUUCUUGGCAAGAGGGAUAAUCUAAGACGAUUAAAAUCAGAUCUUGGAGUUGGAGAUAAUAUUGAAAAUGGUGGACUUACGAAAUCCCCUUAUGAAGACCAAGAGGAUAUUGAUAAGACCUUAUGUCGCCCUGAAUUUUAUACAAUAAUUUUUAAUGAUUUAUUAUAUCUACAGAAUAAAGAGUCGGUUGGCUCAACUAAGAAAGCCAAAACCACGAAAGACACGCUAUCCUCAUCACAUGGAGUACCAAAACCAUCGUCAUCAGCAGGAGUGACAAAACCAUUUUCAUCAAGCUUAGAAAGCGCAAUUAAUAGUCCCGAGCCACGUACUCCGCCUCAUCGAAUUUUUUCGUAUGGUACUUCAUCAGGUUCUUCCGUAUGUAAAGAACAUGGUUCUAAAGAUGACACUUCUGAAGAUGAUCUCCUAAUGAAAUCUCCUGUUGAUAUCACCGUCGAUUGCAAGCUAAUUGUCAAGAAUAUGUGUGUUAGAUCAAAAAUGGAGCAAUGGCGUCGCUCAUCAAGAUAUGUUGAAGAGAUACAUAAACAAGAUGAUCAGAAUUCGACAAACAAAGGCUCAUUGGAUUCAUCUCGUCAAGACGAAGUGAAUGGUGGUUGGCCUAUAUCUCUAGGAUCAAUAGAUGCCAAGAUAUAA